GCAAUGAAGCGUUACAGGUGCAGCCCCUAAAUUGGUUAGCAGGGGGUCAAGUGCACGCCCUGGACUUCUUAACAGCAGUUCUGCACGCCGAGCUGAUGACGUGCAGCCAAUGUGUGCCUUAGGCUUUUAGGGCAAUCAUAGGACUUUUCAUUGAGUCGGCCGCGAGAUCUGCAAGGCAUCCACACAAUGCAGGCGGCGAUGCACGCCCAGCGUCCAGCUGGGCCACCAUGCUCUAGCGCACCGUCGACAUCAUACCCCGUGGCACCUUCUCCGGUCAGCUCACGGAGCAGGGGCCUGCAUGCACGGAGAGGCGUGGCGGAGCAGAGGAGUUUGGGCUGCCGGAGCACUGGGAGCAGCGAUCAACACAGCAACACAAAUGACGGGGCAUCUGGGCCAUCGCGUCCGGAGCAGGGUCCCGAGUUGGACUGGAGCGGCCUCCCCCGUCGGCAGCUCGCGGCUAUGGCCAUGUCGCCCUUCGCCGCUCUGUCGCUACCGCUGGUCAAUGACCCGGCCUGGCAGCAGUCCUUCGAAACGUACGGCGGGAAGCUGCGCGAAGUCCUGCUGGGGCAGCAGGAGGCUGCCAAGAACGUGGCGAAGCAGCUGGAUGAGGGGGUGACGUACAUGGACUGGACGUACCGCAGCACGGGCGUGGAUCUGAGCGCGGUGUGGGAUCCGGAGCUGUGGAUCCGGUUCCGGGAGGCGGUGGCGCAGAACGAGCCCGCCAUCUUCUGGAACAAGCUGCUGGACCGGGUGCAGUACAAGGAGAACCUGCCCCAGGCGGGUUUGGUGGGCGACAUGCGAAUCAGCUACGCCAAAUUCCUGGAGCUACUCAAGGACCAGCGCGUGAAGCGGCUAGUGGUGUACGGCGACAUGCGCACAGCGGUGGUGGAGGUGCCGCACCCCUGGUCCGCCUCCGUGCUGGGGCACCCCGCCACACACCCCUUCUACGAGGACAGCGCCCACAACCGAGUCAGCAUGCUGCGGCCCAACCCAGCAGCGCCGGAGGACGUCACCCAGUGGUUCUGUGCGGAGAUGCCGGAGUGGGACAUGGAGAAGUACCGCUUCUACGUGGACCUGCCCGGCGACUUCUGGGAGAGCGGCGUGCUGCAGAGGCACCUGGCGGCGCAGCGGGCGGAGGGCGCGGUGUGGGACCCCGCCAGCGGGCAGUACAUCCUGCCGUACCGGGCGCAGAAGAAGGUGUUCCAGGUGUCCACCGAGGUGCAGCUGCUGGACCCGCAGGAGAGCUGGGACUUCCUGGGCUGGCUUCUGGCGCCGGGCCGCCUUGAGUUCUACGAGAAGGCGGCGUGUGUGGCCAUUGCGCUGCGCGUGCUGGGCAUUGUCAUUGCCAUCUCCACCGGCUCUCCGCUGUUCAAGCUGGUCAACGUGGGCUGGGGCAAGCUGCGCGGCAAGGGCAAGAAGAACGCGACCAAGGACCCCAAGAAGAUGAGCAAGCAGGAGAAGAAGGAGAGCCAGUGGGAGCGACUCACUAGCAGCCGCGCGCGCGAGUUCAUGACCAAGGACGAGAAGACCGGCAAGAUGCGCGACACGGGCGUGCGGUUCGAGGACAUUGCCGGCAUGGAGUUCCUGGUGACGGAGAUGCGCGAGAUCGUGCGCAUGCUCAAGGGAGACGAGGCCUACAAGCGCGUGGGAGCCAAGUGCCCCAAGGGCAUCAUCUUCCAGGGCCCCCCCGGCACCGGCAAGACGUAUCUGGCCCGCGCCAUCGCUGGCGAGGCCGAGGUGCCCUUCUUCUCGUCCGUAGGCUCCGAGUUCGUGGAGAUGUUUGCGGGCGUGGCGGCGGCGCGUGUGAACAGCCUGUUCUACAACGCGCGCAAGAAGGCGCCCGCCAUCAUCUUCAUCGAUGAGAUCGACGCCAUCGGCCGCGCGCGCUCCACGCUGGGCGGCGACCCCGGGUCCAUGGAGCGCGAGAGCGCACUGCUGGCCAUGCUGGUGCAGAUGGACGGUAUCGCCAACAAGACGGAGCAGGUGCUCACCAUCGGCGCCACCAACCUGGCGCAGGAGCUGGACGCGGCGCUGCUGCGCCCGGGGCGCUUCGAGGUGGUGUACGAGGUGCCUCAGCCCGGCCCCAGCGCGCGUAUGGCCAUCCUGCGCUACCACGCCAAGGGCAAGCCGCUGGAGGGAGACGGCCAGAGGCUGCUGCUCAAGACGGCGGAGGCGACUCAGGGCUGGUCGGCCGCCGCUCUGGCCAACCUGAUGAACGAGGCGGCCAUCCUGACGGUGCGCCGCAACGUGCCCGCCAUCAGCCUGCCCAUGGUGCUUGAGCUGGUGGAGGGACUCAACUGGGGCGAGCAGGCGCCGCGCAUCCCGGACUCGGAGGCCAAGGACAGGCUGGCUCUCAUCACUGCGGCCAAGGCGGUGGCGUUCGCGCUCACGCCCGGGCUGGAGCCCAUCAAGUCCGUCACCAUGUGGAGCGGCCGCCGCGGCCUGGGACCCAGCGUCGACUUCAUUGCCAUGGAGGACAAGGCUGCAAUGGACAUGCACCCGGAGGAGACCGAGCUCAUGGGCUGGCGGACCAACUUCAAGACCAACGCCGCCGUUGUUGGCGACGAGCCUCUGGGCGAGUUCGCGCACGUGGCGGGACUGCUGGUGCCGCUGUAUGCGGGCCGGGCGGCGGAGGUGGCGCUGUUCGGCAAGGACGGCGCGUCGCUGGCUACUGCUCAACCGCUGGCGGACUGCUUCGAGAUUGCCUACUACUGCGUGCGCAACAGCCAGGUCCAUCCUCGCUUCAAGUCGCUGCCGCCGCUGCACACCACCAUGUGGCUGGGUCGUGACGACGCGGGCCGCUGGCGUCGCGACCCGCUGGCCAUUGGCUUCGACGAGGAACUGGGCUACCACAAGCUGACGCUGACGCUGCUGAAGGCCUCGUGGCGGCGCGCGCUGCGGCUGGUGGCGCAGCGGCGCAGCGCCAUUACCAAGGUGGCGGCGGAGAUGCUGGCGGCGCCCGAGGAGAAGAUCACGGGUGCCCGGCUUGUGGAGAUCAUUGAGUCCACGCCGCUGGACGACCUGGGCGGCGAGGGGCUGGACGGCGCUGCGGCGGCGGCGGUGGUGGAGGAGGCGGGCAACGAGUUCCUGCCGCUGCUUAAGGAGGUGCUGGGCCAGGUGCCGGGCAUCAUCCUCACCGGCGAGUCCCUGGCACAGACCGACGACCAAGGCCGCCCGCUGCCGCCCUCCUCCGCCUCCACCUCAAGCGCUGAUGCCGCCGCCUCCGACGCCGCCGCCUCCGCCGGCCCCGCCACGGAGCUGCGCCUGGACGACGCCACGCUGGCUGCCGUGUCCCGCACGCUGAUGGGGCGGCUGGACGUGGUCGACCUCAUCGGCCGCAACACAGCGGUGGAGGCCGCGGAGCGGGUGCGUGACGCGCUGCUGCAUCCCGAGACGCGCGAGCGGCUGCUGGCCAUGCGGCGCUGGGUGGAGGGCGGCCCGGGCGCGCCCGAGUUCCCGCCCUCGCCGCUGUCGCCCGAGCAGACGGCAGCCAUGUCGCCCUCCGGCCCGCUGUAUGGCAACCUGGCGCUCAACCUGGACUGGUGGCGGCGGCGGCAGGACAACGUGAUCAGCUGGAGCGCCAUGGAGAUCCUGAUGAGCCGCCGCCAGGUGGAUCUGUACAAGCAGGACGCCGACAUGACCGAGGGCGCCAUCGCUAAGCUGGGCACUCCGCCAGCGGCCCCCGCGGCGGCCAUCGGGAGCUCCUCGAAAUCGAGCAGUGGACAGAGCAGCUAGAUGCACCGCCACGUAGCAACGCCCUUGUAGGCAGCGGGCUUUUGACUGUGAAGCGCUGCGUAUGGAUGGGGUAGGUUGGAGAUAGGCGGCAUUGUAUCGGACGGGAGGCAGCGGAUAUGCAGGGCUACGGGUACAUGAAGCUUCCAGGAGUGAGCAGCAAUGAGGAUGUACGCACCAAGCGGCCUUGCGGCCAACGGUCGGGGGCACGACGUGGUGGCAUGCAUUAAAGCAGUCGUCGAAGGUUUGCCAGGCAAGCAGGCACGGCGUGCCGCCGUGGCUGUGGUGGUGCCUCUGUAACGCAAGCGAGCGUGUCGACAGCCAUGAGCUAUCCCUUAAAUUGUCUGUA